CUCUAUGGCGGUAGUGGUCGGCCGCACACGUGGAUGUAACGAUCACACUGCGAUGACAGCGCCUUUAGCGUGAAAGGAGAGAAGCCAAGAAUGGCGUAUUACGCGCUUAAAGACACAGAUCUGCAUGCCACGGAGAAGAUCUUCCACAAGAUCAUGAGCACAGGAAGAGAAACAGGCCGCUUCUCUGACAAGGCUGGCGGAGUUCUGUCCCCUUGCGUGGCAGCCCCAAUCGCAAGUUUCAAUCCCCUUCUCGGAAGUCGGAGGUCAGGGGCAAAUCCACCCCUGGUGCCACCAAGCUGCAGAUGAACCUGAAUAUAGCAGAUCCCAAUGAAGCAGUGUUGAAGAGGACCCAUGAUGGUGUCAACACGUACAGGAAUUCUUCACCCGUCUCUACAACACACACCAGCCAAUCAUAUGCCAGCAAGAAGCGGGCUGUUGCCAAUGGCAGCACACCUACCAAGUCACCUCGGGUGCUUUCAAAGGGAGACAAACAUCUGACUGGGGUCCCAGUGGAAAAGAAGAUCCUUGACAUCGACAGCCAGGACCGGUGGAACACCAGCUAUCAGGCCCUCCGUCUGGAGAAGGAGUGGACGGAACUCCAUGAUCGCCGCAGCAUGAAGAGGAACUCAGAGAUCCUGCGACAUCGUGUGGACAAGAUGUAUAUGAUGAGUGGAUCAGGAAUCAAGUUGAGGGCAAAGUAUGACAUCAACGACGAUGAGCUUCAACAGCUGAAGGACCUUUCGGAGGCUAGACAGGUGCUGAGAGACAAGUCUCGCAAGUCACAGAUCCAAUCAGCUAACCUGAUUGAGGAGGGGGUAUCUCCUUUCUCCCACCCCCCUGACACCACCCCUACUCAUGGUGAUCAGUCCUUGGAGACACCAGACUCGGGGCAGGGUGUCUCUCCUCGCAGUGACGUGGGUGUCAUGAAGCAGGUUCCAGAGGCAGCCAUUUUGUCCCGAACCAAGAGCAAGUCGCCAGUAUACCGUGCUGACAGCCCUGAGUCGGGGAUCCAGGCUGACGAACCCAGAGAGGAAGACUUACAGGACAAUCAAUUGUUUGAGCUGGAGGAAGAACCAAAAGACAUGGAAGAAGAGCUCAAAGAUCUGGAAGAAGAACCAAAAGAUCUGGAAGAAGAACCUGAUAGUGCAGGACUUGUAAGAGUGGAACUACGAGGCAUUGAUGCAGGAAGUCAUGGGGAGACUUCAAAAGAGUUUGACACAUCCUACAUAGAUCGUCCAAUAAGUCGGGUCGAGAUCCGACAUCAGCACAAAGCAGCUCCACCUCCAGAACAAGAUGUAGGAAUUGUGGAUAUUCUGAAGCACCAGCUGAGUACCAACAAGGACAAGUGCAUGCUGGAUAUGGUGACACGCUCGCCCAACAAUGACGGCAUCGAUGAUAACCUCGAUGAUACUCCCCCAGCCCGAGAAUCCUCCUCACACAAGAUCCACAUAACGCCAGGCCAUGGCAGUUACACUAUACUGCCUUUUGAUCCUUACGACAACAUCAGGAAGGGCAAGGUCACUGGAAGUAAUUAUGUGCACAAGGGUGAUUGUUGUCAACCACUGGUGAAGAAGAAAAAGAUCAACCGUCAAGUCUUACCAAUACAGCAGUUUCCGAUAAGGAAACCCAGCAGUCGAUUUGUUGUAGCGCAAAGCCCAGUCACGUGCAACUGUCGUCAGAGUUCAUAUCAGAUGUUGUCGGUACAAGGGUACCACGUUUUGCUCUCGAAGAGGGUCAUGUGACUUUCAGCAGCAGUGUCCCCUGCUGGCAUGGAGAUUCAUUUCAUUGUCAGAGCCAAUUAAAAGGAAGUUGCUGAACACUUAAACAAUUUUCAUUUAUCAGUAUCUAUUUACAUAUGAUAUAAACUUGUUUUAAUUAUGUCUUGAAAUAUUGUAAAUGGUGUAUAUGACAUGUUUUUGCUGAUGUGAUUUUUCCAGGCAAUCAGUUUUACAAUUUUAUUUUUGUAUGUUCAAAUAUUUGUAAAGCAGUGUAUGUUACAUUCUAUUGAAUGUUUACGUUUCUCAUUGGUGCUACAACAACCACUACAAGUUUAUUUGUGUUAUGUUUUGUGGAGUGACGUAUAAGCAUUAUAGUAUUGUUAUAUCACUCCAGUUUUGUUCUGUAUAGACUACAAGAUUAUUACAUAUAUCCAAGUUAUCUUUCAUAUGAAGACUAAUACAUUCUCAAAAUGCUUUUUGGUUCCAUAAACUGCUCUGAAAUUGCCACAGGUGUUUCUAUGGAUGAUUAUAAUUUAGGAAUUCAGUGCUGGUUUUUCGUUAUAUCGCUCCUGUUUUGUUCAGUAUAGACUACAAGAUUAUUACAUAUAUCCAAGUUAUCUUUCAUAUGAAGACUAA